UCCUCCUAUUCUGUCUCCCCCACUCUGUCUUGUUCCUUUCACUCCUCCUUUCCUUUAAAUUACCAUUUUGCCCCUUCUCUUCCCUUAUCUCUCUCUCCUUAACUCACUCAUUUCACUUCUGAUCCAAACCUUCUCCAACUUCAUCAUCUCUCUCUCUCUCUCUGUUUUUCUUUUUCAAACAAAAUAUUGAAAUUUCACUAGACCCACAUGAAGCUCCUCCUUUAUAGUAGUAAUUCUUGAAUCCAACUCAAAAAUGUUUGCUAUAUACAAAUCAACCCUUCUUCUUCUUCCUCUCAUUCUCAUUCUUCUCAUCACUCCACAAGUCUCAUCCUUUCUUCAACCUAUCCAACCUCCUAUUUCUCCUCAAGUCGCUUUGAUUGAAGAUAAAGCAAGAUUAGGUUCAACACCACCAAGCUGCCACAACAGAUGCAACAACUGCCAUCCUUGCAUGGCUAUUCAAGUACCAACUCUCCCGACUCGCUCCCGCUUCACACGAGUUAACCCGUUUUCCGGUGGAUUCGUACGACCUCCUUCUUCUCUAACCACCGUUCUUGAUCAGUACUCUAAUUACAAACCUAUGGGAUGGAAAUGUCAUUGCAAUGGCCACUUUUAUAAUCCUUAAUUCAUGGUUUGAUCUCCUACUCUGUUAUUUUUUAUUUAUAAGUUUCUGAAACAUUAAUUUUUGUGGGAGAAGAUUUGUUCUUUGGAUUCUUUGUAUAUGUACGGCUCAAUUUGUAAAUAAUCAAAAAGUUCUAUGAUUUUUGUUUGAGAGAAAUAGUCCCCUGUAACUACUUACUUGCGUCAUUCAUUUCUUUCAACACUUUUUUUUGCUUUAAUUCACUAGUCUUG